GCCAUGGGCUUCUUCUUCGAAAUUUCCCUUUGACGAAAUUAUUAACGACUUGCAUUCCCAAUCUUGCUCGCGUAGUCCCUAAAAAUAAAAUUGAUGGGUUUAUCAGAGAAUAAAUUCUCCUACAAAACCGAUGUCGCAUAAUUUCAUUCCCUCUCUGGAGUCUGAAUCCUCCAGAAUUUGCUCAGUAUUUUCAUCUCAGGAAGCUUGAGAAAGAAGUUGAUCACCCAGCUCGUCCUCCAUUGAAGCUGAUAAGGCGAACACCUCCCGAGUUUCUGCUUUAGACCUCUUCACACUUGCUGUGUAGGAAAAACCCUUAUCAGGGCUCUUGAAGCGUAGAUUUGCGAGCUGUUUGCUUCGUGCGAGCCGUUAGAGAGAUAAUCGAAAUGGGUUUGCUCUGAAGAUUUGGAAAAUUAGGGUUUUGAUGGCUCCACUGUUGCCCUUCAGUGGCGGAAACAAGAGAGAGUGUGACACUAACACCUUUCGCUUAAGCCUUUUCACAAGCAGCUGAUAGGUGUUGGUUAGAACCGAGAAAGAUACAGACAUACAGUGACAGUUCUGUUGUGCGUAGUGAUGCUCAACCGAGUCUUCAGAAGCGUAAUCUUUUAUGGUGAAUCACGUAGAGCUUGCGCCAACGUGUUGUCGUAUUUGGCGUUUCAAUGUCGAGAAAUGACAACCAGUAAACGAGUCCAAGACCGGAGCAAGAAGAAGAGGGUCCACGAUCUCGAAAUUGCCACAGAGAAGUGGAAGAUAGCCUCAAAAGUGUUGUUUUUUAUGGAGGUUCUUAAGCAAGAAAAAGAGCAAAUCAUGCCCAUAAGGUCACUGGAUCAGUAUAGGCGGCAAAUCAGUUUGCCAAAGCCACACAAGAUAUCAGAUUUCCUCCGAAAAUCGCCAAAACUGUUUGAAUUGUACAAGGACCGUAAGGGGGUGUUGUGGUGUGGACUGACGGAGGCCGCUGAAGAGUUGGUGCAGGAGGAAGAGAGGAUCAUUGAGGAGUACGAAGAGAAAGCAGCCGAGCACGUUACCAGGAUGCUAAUGAUGUCUGUUGAUGGGCGUCUUGCAUUGGACAAGAUUGCACAUUUUAGAAGAGACUUUGGGUUGCCAAUUGAUUUUAGGACUAAUUGGGUGCAUAAGUAUCCCCAACACUUUAGGUUGGUUAAAUCAGAGGAUGAUAUUAAAUAUUUGGAACUUGUUUCUAGGAAUCCUGUUUGGGCUAUCACAGAAUUGGAAAAGAAGGCUAUGGUUGGAACUGAUUCUGUUGAUCAUACACCUGGGUUGCUUUCGCUCCCUUUCCCGAUGAAAUUUCCUCCAGAUUACAAGAAGGUUUAUAGAUAUGGUGGAAAGAUUGAUCAUUUUCAGAAAAUGUCAUAUUUGUCUCCAUAUGCAGAUGCACGGGGGCUCAAAGCCGGUUCAAAAGAAUUUGAUAAGAGGGCCAUUGCAGUAAUGCAUGAGCUGCUUAACUUUACUAUUGAGAAGAGGUUGGUAACUGAUCACCUAACACAUUUCCGAAGGGAGUUUAUGAUGCCGCAGAAGCUCAUGAGGCUUCUGUUGAAGCAUUUUGGCAUUUUCUAUGUUUCUGAAAGGGGAAAGAGAUUUAGUGUGUUCUUGACCGAAGCCUAUGAAGGUUCAGAGUUGAUUGAGAAAAGUGAAUUGGUCCUUUGGAAAGAAAAAGUUCAAAGUCUUAUUGGUUAUAGAGGAAGGAAGAAGAAAAUUGAAACUUUUGAUGACUUACCAGACAUAGAGGACAAGGAUUUAUUUGAGAGCGAUUCUGAUUAUGAUAAUGUUUGUGUGGAAUCUGAGCAGGAGGAGACCAUGAGUGGAUUAGAGGAUGAUUCACUAUCAGACAAUUCUGAGAUGGAGAUUGAAGAGGUUUGCAGAGCAUACAAGGAUACUGAUACAUCAUGAGGUCAUAUAUCAUUUUUUAUAUAAUUUUAUAGUCUUUGCUUCUUUCCUUGGAAAGAUGGUGUUCUUGUUUAUGGUUUUAACGUUUUAAUGAACCCCAUCCGAUUUUCAGCAUGUGAACACAUUUUUCUAGUUUUUUGUAACCUUCCGCCGAUAGUUAAUGAAUAAAUUUUGGAUGUA